UCCAUCCCGAGCGAGCCGUGCGACGCGUGCGUGCUAUCUCGCUCUCGAGACAGCGGCGAUUCAAGCGGAAGGGACGGCGGCGGCGACUCGACGGUGGGCGGCUGGAGGAGGAGAGCUCCUCGACGACGCGGACGCCACCCUUCCUCGACACGGACGCCGCCACGGAGCCCGACCAAAUCCCUAGCCGCAGGCUCAAGAUCUGCCCUUCCCCGCCUCCGACGCCGGCCGGUAGAAGGGGUCGCCAUGUCUACCAUGACGAAUGUAAGACGAUCUCCAAGGACGGGAACGCAAGGCAGUGGUGGGGUAACAAAAAAGAGGGGAACAUCAUCUAAAGCUAGGGCCUCUUGGAAUGCAGACCUAGAGAAGGCUCUUGUGGAUUUGCUCCAUGAGCACAAUACUCCACAAUAUCGUGGGCAGAAUGGGUGGUCCACCGAUGUUUGGAACAGGAUUACCAAGAAAUUCCAUGAUAACCAUCCAUACAAGAAUUACACAAAGGGUCAGAUCCAAGACAAGGAGAAGGAGUUGAAGAGAGAGUACAAGAUGCUCAAGGAGGCUAGACAGCAGAGUGGGGUUUCGUGGAAUAAGAAACGGUGUAUGAUUGAAGCUGAUCCAGAGUUGUGGGACAACCUCAUCAUUUCAUUUCCUAAGAUCGGGAAGUUCCGUAGCAACAAGGCUUUUCCCCUCUUUGAUGCCUUGGGAGAGCUAUAUGAUGGACAUCUUGCCGAGGGAAACUACAACUUCACUUCCACUGAACCAACACAGCACACACAAGUGGAGGUCAAUCCUGAGGUCAGUUCUGUAGAGGCGUCACAUUCCCAUGAUGAUAUUGCAGAGACCGUGGUGGAUGAUACACAAGGAGGGAUGCAAGAGGCUAGUAUGAUGGAGAACUUUGUUGGGAACGGGGAGGCUCAGCCCACGGUGUCUGCUGCACCAUCAACAAGUACUGAAAAUGAACCCAAGAAGCGCCGGUCAAAUGGAGAUAUUGCUGCUAUGAUGGAGAAGUACAUUGAGAUCAAGACGAAGCAGGUCGAGAGCAAGCAAAUCGCGAACAUGGAUGAGUACUCAAUCAAGAACUGCGUGGCUCGGCUAAACACAAUGGGAUUGUCACGGGAGGAUAAGGUCAAAGCCCUAAAAGUCUUUAUGAAUGCUGACAAUCGCGAGCUCUUCCUUUGCGUUGAUAUGGAUACAACUCUCAUGUGGCUGCAAGGCGAAAUGGCUUAG